AUGGCAUCGCCAACCUUCUACCUCCUCAAACCCGAACGCGUCGAACCCGCAUCCGACGCUCUCUCCUGGCUAGGCCGCAUAACGCAAAACCCCGCCGCCCCAGACGCAAACUUCACGCCCAUCGCACCACAGCGUCUCCUCGCGCGGCAUCCCACCUCGGAAACCGAAAUCGCCAAUGCGACCGCCUUCAACCACCAGAAGGCGCUGGAUGCGCUGUGCGAGGAUGAAGGCGUCAGGCGCGAUCUGGCGCGCAUGCUGAGGCCUGGCGGCGAGCCGGCGUACUUCAUCGUGGGUAUGUUGAUCUGGCAGGAUGCAACGUUUGUGGAUCGGCGGGUGAAGGCUAGGGGAGUCGGGGCGUCGCUCGAGUUGCCCGUCUCGAUGGCCGUUGCGGCGACCACGGGGGUCGUGAUCCCGAUUCAUGGGAUGAUGGAUCCCUCUGUCGGGUCGGGCGAGGAGACGGCGAGGGAACGGGCGAUGGUAGGUUUCAGUGAAGGGAGCCAUAUCUUUGCGCUCGAGUAUAGGACCGUCCGGAGGCGCAUAUUCAGCCUCGGGCGUGAUUUCACUCCAAAGUUGGGCGGGUAUGGUGGAAGGGUUCAGAAGGAUUCCGUCUUUGGGCAUCAUGAUGCGGCGACGACAACGACGACGCCGACGACGAAGGGGGACGGCUCAUCGGCUGAGUCCAAUGCAGUCAUUGUCCUGGACGAUGAAGGCGACGAGUGGUUGGACGAUCUGCACGAGCCGCCAGAGGUUGAGACCCUCUGUGGCGUCAGCAUAGCCUACGACAGCACUGUCAAAUCAUAGAAACGUUGAUGAAUGUGAUACGAUUGCACAUCCUCUGGAGCCUGACUUGGCUUCAUCAUUUCAGGGUCAAUGGUGCAUAGCCAUAACCUCUUGCUAGCGUCGGCUCGUCAGCAAGAAACCCUAAACCAGACAUCACGUAUCAUUAUUAAGACUUGCCGUCUUAAAGCUCCGGAAGGGAGAUAAGAGGUGGGUGUGAAGAGCUAAAAAGGGGAC